UGAGACACCAACAGCUUCAGAUCCACCAGCCAGGGGAAAGGCUCUGCUGUGCAAUGACGGAGCAGGUGACCCCCAGCCCCAUCUCAACAGAGCUGAUGGCCACCACUGACUUCUACCCCUGGGAGGAUGGGUACUCGGGCGAGGCUGGCAUGUUGCCUGAGCUCUGUGAGAAGCAGGCAGUACAGGGUUUCGCCCGCACCUUCCAGCCUGCAGUGUAUCUGCUGCUCUCACUGCUGGGCACAGUGGGGAAUGGGCUGGUGCUGCUCACGCACACCCGCUACCGCCAGGCACACAGUGUCACCGAUGUCUGCCUCCUGCACCUCGCCCUAUCCGACCUCCUGCUGCUCCUGACGCUGCCCUUCGCCAUCACUGACACGCUGCAGGGCUGGUCCCCAGGCACAGCCGCCUGCAAGGUGGUGCAGGGCCUCUACGCCCUCAAUUUCUACAGCGGCUUCCUCCUCCUCACCUGCAUCAGCGUGGAUCGCUAUGUGGCCAUCGUGCAGGUGCCGGCUGCCUGCCGCCUGCGCCCACGAGCUCGCCGCCACGGUUGGCUGACGGCGGGGCUGGCCUGGCUGCUGGCCAUGCUGCUAGCACUGCCCCAGUUCAUCUACAGCCAGGCAGAGCAGCACCAGGAUCUCUGGCUCUGUCGUGUCGUCUUCCCCCGUGUGGUCUCACGGGCAGCACGGGGGGCCACCAACCUGGUGCAGGUGGUGCUUGGCUUCGCGGUGCCCUUCCUGGUGAUGGCAAGCUGCUACGCAGCUGUGGCACGGACACUGCUGGCGGCCCGCGGUGCCCAGCCCCACCGGGCGCUGCGAGUGCUGCUGGCCCUCGUGCUGGUGUUUGUGGCCCUGCAGCUGCCCCACAGCCUGAUGGUGCUGCUGGACGCGGCCGAGCUGCUGGCCAGCUGGGAGAUGAGCUGCGCCCAGAGCCGCCGCAAGGACCUGGCACUGCUGGUCACCGGCGGGCUGGCGUACCUGCGCUGCUGCCUCAACCCCCUGCUCUACGCCUUCCUCGGCCAGCGCUUCCGCCGGGAGCUGUGGCUGCUCGCCAGCGACGCCGGCUGCGUGGGGUCCCUCGACCCGCGCUGCCCCGGCUGCCCCAGUCCCCGCCGGCGGACAUCGCUCUCCAGCUGCAUGGACGUGAUGUAGGAGCACAGUGCCCGCGGCCGGGGCAGGGACCUGCGCCCUGGGGUUCGGUCCCUCCGCGACUCCCCGGGGACAGCCCCAUCCGUGCAUGGACCUGCCCCAGUGAGCAGCUGGGCACGGGCAGCACCAGACAAUCCGCACGGCGCCUGCACACGCCUGGGCAGAGGGAAGAGCAGCCCCACAGCGCCUGCUUGCCCUGCGAGUGCCUUCACUGCCCGGCGAUCUGCCGGGCUGGGGUUCUCGCAAUGUCACGCGUGUCGCAGGGGAACCCUGCAAUGUCACGCGCGUCGCGGGGCGUGCAAAGUUACGCGUGCUCUGGGGAUCCGUGCGGUGCCGGUGAGCCGGGUCGGUGGGUGCAACAGGCAGCUGGUUCCUAUUCUCACAAUAAACCCCGAACGAG